UGGAUUUACAAAAGGGGGUUACUGCUACUCUGUUCGCUACAGUCACUACGAUGGCAUCGCAGCUUCUUCCUCUCGAGCUCAUCGACAAGUGUGUCGGGUCUCGGAUCUGGGUGGUGAUGAAGGGCGACAAAGAGUUCUCGGGGACUUUGCUUGGAUUCGAUGACUACGUCAACAUGGUGUUGGAAGACGUGACCGAGUUUGACUACAGCGGUGCCCAGAUUAAGCUGCCGAAGAUUCUGCUGAAUGGCAACAACGUGUGCAUGUUGAUUCCGGGAGGUGAAGGGCCAGUUGGCAGCUCAUGAGCUGUAUUCGAUUUUUACCUUGCCAAUUGUCUUUUGCUUGCAAUGAUGAAAAUGAUCAAAUGACGACAUUACACGUUUUUUCUUCAACUCGAUGGUGUAGAAGAUAGUAAGAGUGGAAGGAAAGGUUCAUGCCAGGUGGUUGUACUGACUAGUAGCUCGAUGAUCUCGAAUAUCCUUAACUAAACGUCUAUUUCAGCGCAUAUUUGCUAGAAGCCCAAUGUCUCUAUUCUAAUACACAGACGACCAACCUAGUACUCAUGUAUCACUGACUACCUCGU